AUGGCCAAUUAUUCUUGGCAACCUCAGCCCCCUUCAACAGGCUCUCAAUGGCUUCAAGACAAUGUUUCCUAUAGCCAGUCCACCAUGCAAGAUCUAACCCGUGCUUUCCCUCGACCGAGGCACACUCGCGUCAUGAAGCCUCGUAGUGCAGGCAACAGUCCUUCAUCGGCAAUCCAGAGACGACCAACAGUGAAUCAAAAUGUGAUGCAUGGACUGCCCACUCAAUAUCAAUCAUCCCUGGAAGAAGCUCUUCUCGCCUCAGCCGCCCGGAACUCACGUCCGAUGAGCUGGCAUCCUUCACCCGCAAGAACUCGGGGUCUUUCCAACCCGUACAUCUCAGAUUUCCCUUCGGAUAGCUAUGCCGAUAUGGGAACCGUGCCUGAUCAAUACCUCAACUCAGCCGUCUACGGCGGUGAAAACAUCAUGUCAUGUCCUGUGACCGCCGACCCUUCAUUCUCCCCCGACUACUUCCCUGUCUACCCAACCAUGCAGGAGGACUUGCCCCUUCCGCAGCACACGCCGGCGCUCAUGACUGGCUCACAGGUCGAGCCGAUGGGAUGGGAUAUGGUCGCCAUGUCCACCGAUAUGUCGAUAUCGCAGCCGGUCUCCGACAACUGGAACCUGGACAUGCUAUCAAUGGGCACCAAUAUCCCCCCACCAGAGACAACAUGCCCAAGCUACGUCAGUGUCCCUUCCCCAGGCGAACUGAGUUACCCAUCAACACCGGACUUUCUGCCCAUUCAACAAUUCGAGAAUCCCUUCCAGCACACCACCGAGCCCAAGAAGACUGGAAAGGGCGAAGAAGAACUGGUUGGCAUGGGCCUCUACAGCCAGCCCAACGGAACACUUGCACGAGCCCCACAGAGCAAAUCAGGCGAAGGCCUGAAGCUCGAAGAAACAUUCACACCAUCCGACGAAGACAAAGACGGCGAGGAGGACGCAGAGGUUGAGAUCAUUGGGGAGCAUGAAUUGCCCCAGCAACCAAACACCUACCAUGAACCCGCGUCUACCAUUCGGCAGUCGAAGUUUACUUCCAAGCAGCAGCCCAGACAAGCUCUGAAUCUUCUCCAGCGGUCUUUCUUCUUCGACCACGAUGAUGCGGAUCAGCAGCCCAUGACUGCUACGCAGCCUUUUGCUGGUUUCAAUCAGCCCUGCAUGAACUAUGGGUAUGGGUGGAUCUGA